CAACUGCCUGUCUUUGCCGCUGUGAUUGGAUACAGUACAGGGAGCAGCCAGUGUUGUAGCUCCGCCCUUCUGCCGCUAGGUGUCACUGGAUCGGGAGGAAAGAAUGGCCGCUAUGUUUACGUGUUGUUUCGGCUGCUGCGGAGAGGGCGGUUCGGGGCAUAUACCCCUGAAGGAGAUGCCCACUGUUCAGUUAAACACUCAUCACAUGGGCACAGACGUCGUCAUCGUAAAGAGCGGCCGGAGAAUAUGCGGGACUGGAGGCUGCCUUGCCAAUGCUCCUCUGCACCAGAACAAAAGCUACUUUGAAUUUAAGAUCCAGUCCAGCGGUGUGUGGGGAAUUGGAGUGGCCACUCAGAAAGUCAAUCUUAACCAAGUGCCUUUGGGCAGAGACACAAACAGCCUAGUCCUGCGGCAUGAUGGCUCGGUGUACCACAACAACGAAGAGAAGAAUCGUUUGCCUGCAAACAGCCUUCCUCAGGAGGGCGACAUCGUGGGCAUCACGUAUGACCACGUGGAGAUGAACCUGUAUCUUAAUGGAAAGAACAUGCAUUGUCCUGCCUCAGGGAUCCGGGGCACUGUUUACCCCGUUGUUUAUGUGGACGACAGCGCCAUCUUAGACUGCCAGUUUAGCGACUUCUAUCACACUCCUCCGCAAGGAUAUGAGAAGAUCCUCUUUGAACAACAGAUCUUCUAAACGAGCGCCUUGGCCUCUCUCUGUGUUGCUGCCCUCCUCUAAAUCCUACAGCACCAUCUGUGACACUACAGUUUGACUUUGAUUGGCUAUUAUUUUGAUGUGUAACUUGACUGCAUCUCAUGUCGUUUGUGUUGAUUAUCUUGGCUUUUCCUGCUGCUUCGGAUUGUUCUUGUGUAUUAAAGAAGUGGGGAUGUCUGAUAUUACUCUGCUGUUGUGGGCUGCUGCAGUCUGUGCAGGUAGGAAUAAAAAUAAUCGCCUCGUUUCACUGGUAAUCGAGCUACGUAAA